CCCUAUUCCUCAGACCUAAAAGAGAGAAGACGGGGCCGGGGCGGCGAAGAGCGGACUGGGGUGCGACCCGGUCGCUGACGGCGUCGAGGAAGAGCGAGCACAAGGUCUUCAAUCGCGUGCACGAGGGAAGCACUUCCUCUACGUCGUAUUCAACUUCGUCUUCGCUGCCUUCGCCGGCAAUCGAUAGGAAAAGCGGCAAUGCUAAGGAAUGCGUUCCCCUUGAUAGGUGACUCUGUAUCGGUGGUUGCUUGAGGGCAGCGGAGGUGAGGGUUCCCAUCAUGGUCUUGCGAGCACACGUCGAUGAAAAUGUAUGUUUCUCUUUGGUAAUCUCAUGUUAAAUGCAUUUGUCUCCAGUAAGGCAGACAGCCAUAUUCUCCUACUUCAGUGCAGCACCAUACUUAGCUGUAGUGAGGAUGACUCGAUAUGUUGCUGGGACAGUCUCACGAAGAUGUGUUUGUUGUAAGGUUAUGAAAUCAUGAAGACUCAGAACCUCCUAUCAAGGAUGCCAAAGAUAACAAUUACUGGUGCUGAAUGGCGACCUUUUGUCUACCGGUCUCCGUAGUCCAAACCUUUUGUCAGGAUUCUCUGCAACUCCUCAAGGUUGAGAUUGCAAGGCUUGUUUGUGAUGGCGACCGAGCACAUGGCGUCUUUUGGAGAACUGUUCCUUGGCUCCCUAUUGCAUCGUCCUGCUCUAAAUCCAACUUCUCGGUGCGUCGGCAAGCGGUCAACAUUGACAAAGACACUGAUUGAUGCACAUAUAUCAAUUGUACGUGCUGCAUGAAAGAGGAGUCAGGAUGUUGCCUUCUUGAGGUAACGAGAACAGGAGAUGCCUUCUUCAACGAUGGAGGACGUCGCAGGUGGCGACACGGGCGACGCGGAGGCCGCGGCGCGGGUGCUGGACGGGAUCGUGCACGCGCUGGAGCGGAUGGUGGCGCGGAACGAGCGGGUGACACGGACAGACGCGGAGGAGGAGGAGGGGGAGACGGCGGCGUUAGGCGCAGAGCGGAUGCGGGGGAGGGGGCUGGCGGCGUUCCGGGGGACGCGGUCGCCGGGCAUCAGCGUGGGGAAGUACCUGGAGCGGCUGUGGCGGUACACGGGGUGCAGCUCCUCGUGCUUCGUGGUGGGCUUUGUGUACAUCGACCGGGUCGCCCACCGCCACCCGGCCUCCCCCGUCGUCUCCCUCAACGUCCACCGCCUCGUCCUCACCAGCCUCCUCAUCGCCUCCAAGGUCCUCGACGACAAGCACCACAACAACGCAUUCUUCGCGAAGGUGGGCGGCGUGAGCAACGCAGAGCUGAACCGGAUGGAGUUGGAGCUCCUCUUCCUGCUGGACUUUGGCCUGGUGGUGAGCUCUCGGGUGUUCGAGAGCUACCGCCGGCAUCUUGAGAGGGAAAAAAUGCUGGCCCGGGCCACUCAAGAGUUGGGCAGAGCCGUCGUCGAUGCCUCUGCCAAUGGUGGUGUCCAUGGUCUCCGUAAUGGCUCGUCGCGGCACUCUUUUUCGUCACCACGCUGCUCUAUAGACUGGUGAUGCACAUCAAUCAUCCUCUUCACUCCAUGUCGAGAAGAAGAAAUAGGAAGAUCAUGUGAAUUUGUAGUAACUACUUACUUACUGUGGCUCCUGCACUGCCAGUUCAAAUCAUUCAGCUGAACUUUUACCAAGA